UGCAUCAAGAUUAAAUCAAUACAUAUCGAAAUUACCAAUAUUUUGGAUCAAACAAGUGUUGCAGAGAUCGGAGGCUGGAAUUGUGAACUAACUAACUUUCAUGGAGGAACGGCAUUUCAUUCCCGAAAGUGGCGGCGAUCAAGAACCGCCGCAGGAGGCGGUUGAAGUUGAGAAUCGACGGGAAGUGCGACUCCAGCCUGGAGCUGAAGAGAAACUCGUGUUGCAAUUCAUGGACUCACUUAAUAGCUAUCUUUCCCUCUCUCACUCUCUCUCUUCCACACUUGGACAAGCAUGGAUGGAAUUAGCGAGUGCGAGGCAUUCCAUGGGAACUGCACGCCUUAAUACUUCUCUUUUGGACCUCAAAUUCCAUCCAGCUUCUACAACGUUGAAAAUUACCGAAUAUGAUGUUGAUUCGGUAGAUGCAAAAGCAUGGUUCGUGUUGCGUAAAUGGGUAUCCUCUGAAGAAGUUGAAGAAGAUGAAGAUAGUAAUAGCACCAAAUUUUCUGAACGCGCAGAUGAUGAUGAUGAUGUAGUAGUUCGAAGGGAGCGAGCGAAGUCAUUGUCAGUCUUUGGAAUUUUAAUUCCGCCAAAGCUUCGAGCCGCCCAACUGUCAUUUGAGAGAGCACUAGAGACACUAGUAGAAAUGGCAAAUAUGCGCUCGAGAUUCCUAUAUUCGUUUCACCAACUUCAUCAAGAGGUAGAAGAUACUAAGGAAUAGGCAGCAUUGGGUGGCAAGCAGUAUCAUCAAAGGGAUGCCGGAAAUGUGUAGCAUGUGGAUUAUCUGAUUAUAGUAAUGGGGACCAGCAUUCCAGGUUGUUGACGUUAAAUUUACUGAUUUGUCAGAAGAUAGUGAAAUAUAUUCGCAUCAUGUUCAUUUCGUUUUUGCAUCCCGCGUAUAAAAUUAGCGUUCAACGGUU